AUGCGGAAGCUUCUGGUCCUUCUGCUUCUGUGUGUCGCUGCGGCUGCGGCUGCCCGCCACAACACGCCUUCCUACGACUCCUACUACCCUUCUUACAUCGACCAGAUAUGCCGUGUCUACUGUGACAAGGACCCUGUACUUCCGAAAAUCGGUCGACUACAAUUUCCACCUCCACCUCAAUUUCCUCCUCCACUUCCACCUCCACCUCGAUUUCCACCUCCACCUCCACCUCGACCUCAAUUUCCUCCUCCACCUCCACCUCGACCUCGACCUCGAUUUCCUCCUCCUCCACCUCCUAUCCAAGCUCCAGGAAGUCAGUGAUUAAAUAGAAAAAGCAUCAACAGUUUCUUCAUUCAAAUUCCAGCGAUUUGUUUGAAAAAAAACGUUCUCUCAAAAAGUCUGAAGUUUCAAAAUGUUCUUUCAUUAAAAAAUCACCAAGCCCAAACGAAUCUAGCGUUAGAAAUAAAGUUCUGCUGAAUUAUUCGCUUUUUUACGACGUAAUUCUUAUUAAAAAAAAAGUCGAUAUUCUCAACUCAAAAAAAAGUCUAAAAAUUUAUCCCGACUUUCCAUUUGGCUUGGAACUGCGCUAUUUUCGGUUUCAAACCUUGAAAAUGCAAUUUUUCUCAUUUACGCUUCAGAUCCUUGGAACGGCGGUAACAAUCCUCAGCCACCGGUCAUUUAUACUCAACCAAUGCCCAACACCUGGAUUCCAAGAACCUACGAUACUACUGGCGACCAGCAGAGCGGCGGCAUUUGGAGCGGCUUUUGGCCCGGCAGAGGACCUUUUGGAUAA